GAUCAGUGGCAGAAAUCUCGUCGAGACGAAUCCACCAAAGUUGACAAUUAAUUGGCCACAAAUAUUUCAUUCAAUCAAUCAAAAUAGUUCUGUGUGUGCAAUAGUGGCAAAUAGCAAUAAGUGCGGGCAAUUUGACGCUCAUCGAAAUAUCUUUUUUCUUUCCCUCCAACAUCGAACAGGCGCAUUAGUCACGCAGCAAAAGUGCCUACAAGUGAACUCCCUGUCUAUUUAUAGACAUUUCUCUUUGACUUGUUCCAAAAAGUACAAAACACAGUGCCAAUUAAUUGAGCCCCCGACGCCAGGGGACGACGACACAGCUCGACAGGACAGAGGACUCUUUGCACAGCCUGGAAGAUGCCAGUGUUCCACACCAAGACCAUCGAGAGCAUCUUGGAGCCUGUGGCCCAACAGGUCUCCAGAUUGGUGAUUCUGCAUGAGGAGGCGGAGGAUGGCAACGCCAUGCCGGAUCUCUCGCGCCCGGUUCAGGCGGUCUCGAUCGCCGUGACGAACCUGGUGAAGGUCGGCCGCGAGACGAUCAACAACUCCGACGACGACAUCCUCAAGCAGGAUAUGCCGACGUCGCUGGCGCGCGUCGAGGACGCGUCGCAGCUGCUGGAGCAGGCGUCCGCCAUGCUCCGGGCCGAUCCCUACUCCGGCCCGGCGCGCAAGAAGCUGAUCGAGGGCUCCAGGGGCAUCCUGCAGGGCACGUCGGCGCUGCUGCUGUGCUUCGACGAGUCCGAGGUGCGCAAGAUCAUCCGGGAGUGCAAGAGAGUGCUGGACUAUCUGGCCGUGUCCGAGGUGAUCGACACGAUGGAGGAUCUCGUGCAGUUCCUCAAGGAUCUCUCGCCGUGUCUCAGCAAGGUGACGCGGGAGGUGAGUGCGCGCGAGAAGGAGCUCACGCAUCAGGUGCACAGCGAGAUCCUGGUGCGCUGCAUGGAGCAGGUGAAGAUCCUGGCGCCCAUCCUCAUCUGCAGCAUGAAGGUGUACAUUCACAUCGUGGAGCAGGACGGCAAGGGUGCCGGCGAGGCGGCGGAGAAUCGCAACUACCUGGCGGCCAGGAUGUCCGACGAGAUUCAGGAGAUCAUCCGUGUGCUCCAGCUCACCACGUACGACGAGGACCAGAGCGAGCUGGACAAUCUCACGGUGCUGAAGAAGCUCUCCAAUGCCAUUCGCAACAAGAUGGAGCAGGCCAACGACUGGCUGGCCAAUCCCUACGCCCUCCGCGGCGGCGUUGGCGAGAAGGCGCUGCGCCAGAUCGUGGAGAACGCGCUGAAGAUCGCCGAUCGCUGUCUGCCGCAGCACGCGUCGGCGAUCCGGAAGAUCGCCUCGGACGUCACGGCGAUGGCCAAUGCGCUGUGCGAGCUGCGCCAGGACGGCAAGGGCACCACGCCGCAGGCUGAGAGCCUGGCCAGGGAGAUCCGCGGCCGCCUCGGCGAUCUGCACCGCGCCGUGCAGGACGCCGUGAUCGGCGUGGACAAGGCCGGGCUGCAGCAGGCGGCGCACACUGUCCAGGGUCGUCUGGAGCAGGCGUGCCGCUGGCUGAACAAUCCCACCGUGGACGAUCGCGGCCUGGGCAAGCGCGCCAUCGACCUGAUCGUGGCCGAAGGGAAGCAAGUCGCCGAGGGCCUUCCCGGCCAUCAGCGUGCCGAGAUGCUGGCGCUGUGCGACGAAGUCGAGGCGUUGUCUGACCAGUUCGCGAAGCUCUGCGCCGCCGGCUUGGGUGACACGCCGGAGGCGCAGGAGAUCGCGCGCCGACUGAAUGCGAAGCUGCACGAGCUGAAGAAGCAGAUCCAGACAGCCGUGGUCAACAGAGUCGUGGAGGACUUCAUGGACGUGGGAACGCCGCUGAAGCAGUUCAUGGACGCCGUGAAUGUGCCCGAAGGCACGCCCGGAAGGGAUCAGAACUUCGCCCAGAAGGCCGCCAAUCUGCAGGCGUUCAGCGAUCGCGCCGCCAAGACCAGCCGCAUGGUGGCCGCCGGCGGUUCGGGCGGCAACAAGAAGCUGGCGGAGAUUCUGCUGGCCUCCGCCGCCCAGAUCGACUCUCUCACGCCUCAGCUGAUCUCCGCGGGCCGCAUCCGGAUGAACUAUCCGGGCAGCAAGGCCGCCGAGGAGCAUCUGAACAACCUGAAGCAGCAGUACGCCGACACGAUCGCCCGGAUGCGCGCGCACUGCGACCAGGCCACGGACCCGGCGGACUUCAUCAAGGCGUCCGAGGAGCAGAUGCAGAAGCACACGUUCCUGUGCGAGGAGGCCAUCCGGCAGCGCCAGCCGCAGAAGAUGGUGGACAACACGACGGGCAUCGCCCGGCUGGCCAACCGCGUGCUGGCCGUGGUGAAUCAGGAGGCGGACAACUCCGAGGAUCCCGAGUACAUCGGCAAGCUGAACGCGUGCGCGGCGGAGAUCCAGAACCGCGUGCCGGUGAUGGUGCAGGACGCCAAGGCGGUGGCCACGAACAUCAGCGAUCCCCAGGCGGCGUCCAAUUGGCGCGACUCCAACAAACAACUCCUCGCCGCCGUUCGCAACGUGCACGGCGCCGUGGCGCACGUGCCGGAGAUUCCGCAGCCGCCGGACAUGUCGGCGCUGCAUCUCAACGACCGCGCCCCGCCGCGGCCGCCGCUGCCGCGCGAGAUCCCGCCGUCUCGCCCUCCGCCGCCGGAAACCGACGACGAGGACGAGGUCUUCAAGUCAGUUCCUCAGGCCAAUCAGCCGAUUCUCAUCGCAGCUCACGGAUUGCACCAGGAAGUGCGCCAGUGGUCGUCGAAGGACAACGAAAUCAUCGCGGCAGCUAAGAGGAUGGCCGUGCUCAUGGCCAGACUGUCGGAACUCGUGCAGCAGGACUCGAAGGGCAGCAAGCGGGAGCUGAUCGCCACGGCCAAGCUCAUCGCCGAGGCGUCCGAGGACGUCACCAGACUGGCCAAGCAGCUGGCGCGCGAGUGCACGGACAAGCGCAUCAGAACGAAUCUGCUGCAAGUGUGCGAGAGGAUUCCCACGAUCGGGACGCAGCUGAAGAUCCUGUCGACGGUGAAGGCGACGAUGCUGGGCGCGCAGGGAUCGGACGAGGACCGCGAGGCCACGGAGAUGCUGGUGGGCAACGCGCAGAACCUCAUGCAGAGCGUGAAGGAGACCGUGAGGGCGGCCGAGGGCGCCAGCAUCAAGAUCCGCUCCGACCAGACGAACAACCGGCUGCGCUGGGUGCGGCGGCAGCCGUGGUACAGGUACUGAAGGACGCCGGCCAACGAGAUCAACACAAAGUGCCGCACUUACUAAUUCGCAAGUUCAUAAAUAAACUUUUGUCGGUGUGCCUUUUUCUUCUAUAUACCAAACUACAUUAAAUUAAUUCUUCAUACCUUUUGAAUGAGAUCUACAAGACAGUUAAUAACUUGCAGUCGGACUAAAAAUAAACUCACGUCAUCCUCAUGAGCUUCAACACAUUUCAUAACUUUUCAUAGCAUUUAUGUCAUGCUUCGGGCGCACAAAUGUGGCGCUCAGAGCAUGAAUUGUUGACCAAAUGUUUAUUAAAAUGUUCAAAAGACACCUCAAAAUCCAUUGACUCUUUGAAGAAACAUAAAUAAUUCAUCUUAACAUUGAAAGUUUAAAAAAGAAUUACCUGCCAAUUUGCCAACUUUGUCACACUGAGAUUGUGAAAAUGUGUUUUCUCUACUUAAAUAUAGUGUUUUUUUUUUGUCUAAUAAUAAAUAAAAAUAUCGCGCGAA